GUGAGGCUGAAUUUACAAGCGCCUGGACUUUUGCAUAUAGCCACUGAGCUAGUUAUUCCCGCUGUGUUAGUAUCACCAGUCCUCGCCUCAACGCUCCUGCUAACGAUAAUACAUCACAAAUCUCUAACAAAGCAAAAGCCUUUUGUAAAAGGGAUUAUGCUAAUAUCGGUUUAAUCAAUUUACGCCAAUGGAAGACGAUGAGGCUGCUGAAGUGCGUCCGGCUCCUCGCCCGGUGCAAAUUCCUACUCUGCGUGACGUUUGCGUCAACACGCUGAUACGUUAUCGCCAAUACCUAGGGGAUGUGGGUUUCAUGGACUCCGAGUCGCUACGUGCGGUCGCGUGGCAUUGCUCGACGGAGCAGUUGGCACGCAUUGAAGACGAGACACUGGAGGGCAGCGAUCGCAACCUGGAGUGGUACACGUGGCACCUGUGGAAGCGGCUGCUAGAGACGGAGCUGGGGGGCAGGGGCGCGGAGGUGCCGCCGCUUGAGAGCCCCGAGCCGCCCGACUACACCGCCCCGCGCGGCAUUGAGGCGCAGCCGGGUGACUACCGGCUGCUGUACUCCCAACGCAAGGCGGAGAUGGAGGAGCGCGCGGCCGCAGCCCGGGAGCGCAUCGCGGCGGCCUAUCAGCAGGCGCAGGAGCAGAAGGACGCGCGCAAAGCCAAGAUGAUUGACAAGCUGGCCCCCACCAAGCGCCACCGCACCGGCGCCUCCGCCUCCUCCUCCGCCGCCGGCCGCCUGCCCGGCCAGUCUGCCUACCUGCACAAGCCCCGACCCGACUCCCGCAGUUCCAUCAUGGGUAAGCCGGGGGCGCAACUCAAGCUGCUGAAGGACCUGGGGCUGGUCAAACCUGGCGGAGGCGGGGGCUCCGGAACCACCUCCACGGUUCGUAUCGUGCGGCCUGCGAGUGCCGUACCCAGUGCGGCCACGGGCCACAGCAGCAGCUUGGCGGGGGCUCAGCUGCUGGCUCGGGCGACGGCGGGGCAGCUGGGGAGGACGCAUGUGGGGGCGAGUGGCAGACUGGGGCUGCACCAGGAGGCUCAGCCGCCGCUGCUGGCGGCGCGCUCGGCAGCGGUUGCGGCGGCGGCUGCAGCUAGGAGUGGAGUUGGAGUAGUAGGAGGAGGAGGUGCGGGAGGCAGCAUCGGCAGCAGGGGGGCGGUGAUGCCGGGACUGUCCCCGGGGGGCAGCAAGCGGCCUGCUGGGGAGGUGUCACUGACCUCCCAGCCUCCUGGAAAGCAAUCUAGGACUGC